UUCAACAUCCAAGUCCUAUAAAUACCAUUACCUUCAAUACAAAUUUAACUUGUUACACAAAACCCAGCAAACAACCCAAAAUGACACUUAUCAUCAUGAGAUCGUUACUCGGAAGCAGCCUGACCUUCAUUUGGCUUUUCAUGGCUAUCUCAUCGGUUCAGGCUCAGACAUACAACAAAACUGUUUUCGACACCGAUGGACAGCCUCUCAAAGCCGAUGUAGAAUACUACAUCCGCCCCGCCAUCACCGAUUCCGGCGGUCGUUUCACUCUCAUCUUGAGAAACAAUACAUGCCCAUAUUACGUCGGCCAAGAAGACUCCGACGCUUCAGAAGGCACUCCUGUGAUCUUCACCCCUUUCGCCGAGGGAGAGACUUUUGUCAGAGAGUUGAGGGAUGUGAAGAUCCAAUUCACGGCUGUCACAUUCUGCAUUCAAUCACUUGCAUGGAAGGUGGCUGAGAUGGAUCCGACCACCCGACGGAGGCUUAUAUCCACCGGAGAAGACCACGAGAGGUACUCGCUUGGGAAUUACUUCCGUAUAUAUGGAACAGAUACAGAAAAGGUGUAUACAUUGAAUUGGUGUCCCGGAGAGCCGUGUCCUAUUAACUGUGGUUUGCCCUUGUGUGGGGAAGCUGGUCCUUUGAUUGAGGACGGGAAAAGGCUUGUGGCAUUAGAUGGGAGUUUUGUGCUUCCUGUUGAGUUUCAAAGAGCUUGAUAUAAUAUUUAACUAAUAUUGCUUGCUUUCUCUCCAUGUUCAUUGUAGCAGCUAAUAAAAUAUGGAGGAAUUCAAAAGCUGUAUGUGGUGAUAUAAGACAGAUAAAAAAUCUGUAUUUGGUCUGUUAUUAAUUAAGCAAUUUAAACUAAUCAGCUUAUAAGAUUUAUACCAAUUUGAUUAA